AUGGCAUUGUCUAAGAUGUUCAUCUUCCUUGCAAUAGUGGCCACAACUACUACCAUUUUCGCCACCUCGGUUAUGGAAGAUGGUAAUUUAGACCUUGAUGUUCCUAUAACAACCUCUGAACCUUCUUCUUUUUCGGGACAAAUGGGCCGGUUUUUGACUGACAGACCACGGGCAUGGAGGACAUGUGACAAGUACCCUAGGGUUUGUAACAAUAAGGGCAGCCCUGGUCCGGACUGUUGCAAGAAGCAAUGUGUGAAUGUGAUGAGCGACGAGGCUAAUUGUGGCAAGUGUGGGAAGAAAUGCAGAUAUAAUGAGACGUGCUGCAAAGGUAGGUGUGUGAAUACUUCAAGGGACGAGAAGAACUGUGGAGGCUGCAAAAAGAGGUGCAAGAGAGGAAGUUCGUGCGUGUAUGGGAUGUGUAGUUAUGCAUGA